AUGUCGCCGCCAAUGAAUUUCACCGCCUACAAUACCAACCUCAACUCCUCUGCGGUCAAUCUUCAACAGCCCCCGAGGGCCUACUUUGACCCAGCAAUGGAGGCAAACCAUCUGCUGCAUUCGCAAGCUACUAUGAGCUAUCAACCGCAAAGGCUUUCCCAGCCGGUUCUAGGGGCCGAUAACCUCAUGUGCACCAAGUGCUUCUCUGUGAAUACAGUUGACAGUCGGUUUUGUGUUCGCUGUGGUCCACCAGAGCCGAGAAAACGGACGCUCUCCAGUAUCGGUACUCAGACAACCGGUAUCUACUACCAAAGCGCGAAUGAUCUUCGAAGAGCUCUUUCCGACGUACAACUACUGAAUAACCUGAAGAAGGACAUUCGAACUCGGGCUAGGCUGUUGGCACCCAUCAGCCCUGGACGAGGUAACCAACCUUUUUAA